AAGUACAUAAAUUGGUGCCAUUUAAUAGAGAUGAUGUUGAUUCAAAUCGUAUUAGUACAAGUGAUGUGGAUAAUGAGGGAGUAGAUGACUCAAAUGGUGAAGAAAGUGAUGGACAAAAUGACACACUUGACGAUUAUUGUACUGAUGAAGAAGAGAAUAUGUGUGUUGAUGGUGAUGAUGAUGAUGAUGAUAACUUUAACUAUAGAAAUAUAAGGUAA